GGACUCGCAUCGGAUUGACAAAAGUUGCAAGAGCAUCAUCCUACUGAUAUCUACUGUGAGAAUCCAGCCAUGAGAUUCGUGAUCGGAAUUCUGGUGGUGGGCUUCGUCGCCGAUGCUGCUCCUGGAAUCGGCUUAGGUCUCGGAGGUGGAGGAGGAUUCGGCGGAUUCGGAGGUGGAUUCGGUGCCAAAGGUGGGCUCUUGAGUGCCAACAAUUAUGCCAAUGGAUUCAGCCACUCCAACGGAUACAGUCAUGGAAACCACUUCCUGAAAGGCUUUGGAGGAGCUGGUGGGCUGAAACAUGGCCAUCUCAACAAAAAAUUCUUCGGGAAGCGCAGUGCUGAUCCUGAGCCUGGAUUACUCGGGGGAAUUGGCCUCGGAGGUGGAGGAGGAUUCGGCGGAUUCGGUGGUGGAUUCGGUGCCAAAGGUGGGCUCUUGAGUGCCAACAACUAUGCCAAUGGAUUCAGCCACUCCAACGGAUACAGUCAUGGAAACCACUUCCUGAAAGGCUUUGGCGGAGCCGGUGGGCUGAAACAUGGCCAUCUCAACAAAAAAUUCUUCGGGAAGCGCAGUGCUGAUCCCGAGCCUGGAUUACUCGGAGGUAUUGGCCUCGGAGGUGGAGGAGGAUUCGGAGGAUUCGGCGGUGGAUUCGGGGCAAAAGGGGGUCUCUUGGGUGCCAAAAAUUAUGCCCAUGGCUUCAGUAAUUCCAAGGGAUACAGUCAUGGAAGCCAAAUUGGAGGAGGCUUCAAGGGACUCGGAGGUCUUGGAGCCGGCCACCUCAAGAAAUUCUUCAUUGGGAAGCGAAGCAUCGACCAAGAGCCUGAGUCCGAAUAAGGAAUCCAGGUAGUCACUGGAACAAGGAAUCCAGGUGGUCACUGGAACACUUCUAUUAAUGGAUGCUUACGGAGACUAUUGAGGCAUAUACACGAGUAACAGGAGUCCAGACACAGAUGAUAUUAUUGUUAAGGAUUAUUAUUCUUUUGCACAUAACAUGAUUUUAUGAAAAUACAUAUAUAUUUUUGCAGCAAAA